AUGACCUUUCUGCGCGUGGUGUGUGCCGCCUCCUCUGUCCCGGCGGACCGGCCGACGGCGGGGACCGGUGCCGACACCUCCCAGUCCCAGGAGGAGGGCGGUCGGUCGGCCGCACGCACCGCCACCGCCACCGCCACCGCCACCGCCUCCCAGAGCCAGCGGUCUGGCGGUAGUAGCCGGAGGACGCGGAACACCACUGCCGACACCACGGCGGACACUACUAAUGACACUACAGCAGACACCACGGCGGACACCACGGCGGAGCGCGUCUCGGAGGCCUCGGAGGAGCUGCCGGACCGGUCCAGUGACAUGUCUGACUCGGCCGUGCCCACCGCGAGUUCCAUACAGGAGGCGACCUCGAGGUCGACCCGCGAGGUCACUACCGUGUCGACACGGGAGGUGACCUCCGCCUCCGCACGGGAGGUGACCUCUGGCUCCGGCACUACCCGGGAGGUGACCUCCGGUACGACCACCACCUCGAGUACCUCUCCCUCUGGUACCAGUACCUCAGUCAGUACGCGCACCAUCCGUUCCCGCUCAGCCUCAGAGCCGGCGCUGGUCACGGGCCGCGCGGCCGGCCCGUCCCCCGCCGGGACCGGCGGGGGCCGCGUGGUGCCCAUCAAGUCGCCGCUCUCCCCGCGUUUGUCGGGCCCGGCGGCCGCGGCCGUGAAGGCCGCCCGGCGCCGACACUCGAGCGGCUCCGACGACAGCGUCAGCUUCAGCCAGAACGAUACGUGCUCGGACCAGAGCGAUGUGGAGGGGCGCAUAUUCGCGCUGCAGGAGGAGCUCAAACGCAGGAAGAUCGAGGCGGAGCGUCUGCGCCGCGAACAGAGGCGGAAACACCGCGAGAAGCUGCGACAGCAGGAGCAGUCGCUGCGCAAACAACUCGAGGCGUAUGACGCCAGCAUCCGCCGGGCGGAGCUGGAGCUGGAGACCCAGCUGCUGGAGCAGGAGCGGCCCGUCCGACCCGUCAUCAAGCAGCCGCGCGUGGCGGAGCGGCGGGCCGGCCGGGCCUCCGCGGUGGCCCCGGCCCCGGGCUCAGCCGGCCGGCCGGGCCCGGCGGCGCCGGCCAGCGGGUCCUCUGAUACGAGCGCCAGCGUGUCACGCGACUCGAGCACGGAGACGAUCGUGCACAGCCCGGCCAAGGCGGCAGCGGGCGCCGAGCCGGCCGAGGGGAGCGGCAGCGACGGCAGCGUGUCGGUCGUCACCGACGAGGGCACGAGCGGGACGAGUUGGGAGCGGCCGCGGACCGUCAGCCAUGUCACAGCACCCACCGAGGAGUUUGAGACAGAGAGUCCGACCAAAACGUCUGUCAGUGUCGCCACGGAGAGCGUGGAGACGGAGGAGGCCUCCAGUGGCUCAUCUGUCCGCACAGAGGGAGCAGAGACUGAGGGCCGGAGCUCGGCGACCUCGACUGUGCGGAGCGGCCAGGUCGACACUGAGAAGGCGAGCAAGACGUCUGUCAGCGCCUCAGUGCCGACAGCAGACUUCGAGACGGAAAGUCCCAGCAAGACGACCAUCAGCACCGCCGCGCCGACCGCUCAGAGCGAGACAGAGAGUGAGACGCGGACCAGCGCCACGGCCGAGAGUCCGAGUGAAACGCGGACCAGCUCCACGGUACGGACGGCGCAGGACGUACCAACAGAGGUGGAGGAAGUCAGCGAGCGCUCCCUGUCGCCGCUGAAGGCCGGAGGCAAAACCGCAGAGGAGAGCAGCUCGGAUAAGUCUUCAUCAUCCUCUUCGUCGCCUUCUUCCACCUCCUCGUCGUCGAGGAAGACGAGCUCGGCGGUGUCGGCGGCGGUACGGACCGCGCGAGAUGUCUCAACUGACGCGGUCACCACGGAGCAGCCGACCGCCGGACCAGACAGCUCAACGAGCGACACUUCGGCGUCCGAGCCGCCCAGAAAGGCCGACUCGAUCGCCGCCGAACAGAGCGAGCGGGAAGCUGCUGUCAGUCGUGAGUUAAAGGAGUCGAAACCCGAGACUGAGUCGGAGUCGGAGUCGGACGGGACGUCGGUGUCAGACGCACAGACCAAGUCAGUCAGUGAGUCUCGCUCCGAGCCGCGGUCCGAACCCAAACCGGUGCUCGGCGAAGCAGAGACCUCCGCCGCUGGAUCCGCGGACCAUAGCUCUUCGUCAUCUACAUCCGCAGCUACUGAUCGUAGCGUAGAAAUCGAGUCCGGUGCGGAAGAGAAGCCGGCGACGAGUGUAUCCCCUACCGAAGACACAGGGCUGCUCGGUCGUCUGCCUGCUCUGGAUCUGCGCCCGGCCGGGACGAAGGUCUCCACUGAGCAGCAGCUGCCGAGAAGCCAUGAGACGACUUCCAGCGAGGACGAGUCUUCGGUUCCGGGAGCGGACCGCUCGGCAGAGUCCGUACCGUCGGAGGCCGUGACUGAGCGAGCCGAGACAGAGGCGGCGUCGGAGGGAACCCUGUCCGGAGCGGACCGGUCCCUGAAGCCGUCCCUGGUGAUAGAGACAGCGGUGGAGGCGGCGGAGAGAUCCUGGGAGGGUGAGCGCGAACCUCCUCACAGUCCGUCUCCAAAGCCCGCGUCUGGUGACGAGGCCAAAUCGGCUGCUGAAGAGCGGGACGACAGCGACGCAGCGGCCACCGACACCUCGCUUUCGAUCGCAGAGGAGGCGGCUGAGCCCAGUCUCACACCUGAGGCUGAACCGAAGGCGGUGUCCGCUCGGCCGCCGUCACCGCCCGCCGCCCAGCCGGCGCCCGAGCGACCGGAGCCGGUCGGCCGCGCGCGCCUCUCGGACGAACAGCGCGAGCGGCUGGCCACCUCCAUCACGGACCAGCUGCUGCGCUCGCUGUUGGACGAGUCGUUCCAGAGCCGCGGCUGGCGGCCGUCCCUGUCGCCCGCCAGGCCCGACAAGACGUUCAUUGUGCUGGAGGAGUCCACCGGGGGCGCCGCAGCGGCGAACCAGCCGGGAGAGCCUGCCACAGCCGCGGCGGGAGAGCAGGAUGAAGCCAAGGCUGACGCGCUACUGGAGGAGAUUAUUGGUAAAUCCCGCGCCCGACUGAAGGAAGACGUGAAGAUAGCACAGGCCGAACCGGCAGAGAAGUCGGAGAAAUCAGAACGAGAGGAAACCGAAGAGGACAAAACCAGUCCGGACACCUCCGAGUCCAAGCGGACGCGCACGACGGAGACGUCAUCCUCAUCAGAGACCAAGACGACCUCGUCUGACCAGGACACGUCCGGGGACUCGUCCAUCACUGAGGACCUGUCCACGGCGUCCUCCGAGAGCCAGGAGGACGGCAGCACCUCCCGCGAGGACAGGGCCGGGGAGGAGCACAGCGCCGCCUCCGAGGGACGCAGCGCCGCACCAGAGGAUAAAAGUAUCACCACCGAAGAUAAAAGCGUCGCCGAGGACAAAAGCGUCGCCGAAGAAGAGCACAGUUCUGCCGGUGAGAAGGGCGACAUCCCGGCGGACCGCCACAGUCCGGUCGACGAGGAAUCGCCUCGGGAGGACGAGGACAAGCCUGCAGCCGACGAAGACCACUCGUCUUCGUCCGGGGCCUCGGAGGAGCUGGUGGCCGUCACCGACUUUGCGCCGUGGCAGCGGCCGGCUGGCCGGCGCGCGCGAGUCGUCUCGCUCGAUCCGGAGACCCUCUGUGAACAGGUGGAGCUGACGUUCUCGAUUCCUACCGCCCGCCCGGCCGCGGCCAAACCGGUCCCGGCGCCUGCCUGGGCGCAGGAGCCGGCGGCGCAGGAGCCUGUGUGGGUGAGGGAGCCGGUCCCGGAGCCGGAGCCGCGGGAGGAGCGGCCGGCCGGGGAGCCGGACUCCCAGCAGCGCACCGAGCGGGUGGUACAGGCCGUGCUGACACGACUGCUGGACGACGCCUGGCUGGAGAUCCUCCGCCGCUGGCGGCGGGGGCAGCAACGGGCCGGCCCGGGACAGCGGGACGAUCAGGGACAGCAGGUGGAGCACAGCGAGCAGCCGCACAACGAUGGUGACGUGCUGCGCCCGCUGGCGCCGCGGCUGCACCCGCCGCGGGCGCCGGCCGAUCCCGUCUCAGUCCAGGAUGUGUGGAUGGACGACGACUUCGGGCUGAGCGAGAGCCGCGACAACGAGCUCAGGAGACAGGAGCAGGAGAUAGAGCAGGAGAUCCGCCGUCUGGAGGAGCUGCAGAAGCUGCAGCAGCUGUCGGGCGGCGGCGCGCUCUACGUGCGGGAGAUUCCCAACAAGCCGCCGCCGCCGUACCGCGAGCAGGCCGAGACGGGCCGCCGGCUGAGCCGCGCCGACCAGCAGCAGCGCGCCGCGCGCCCGCUCCGCCUGGUGCCGCACGGCGCCGGCCGCGUGCUGCCGAUCGUCCGGCGCGCCUGCGACUCCCUGCUGGCCGACGGACAGCUGCCGCCCGGGGAGGGCGACGAGCCGCAGCCCUCGGAGCAGUUCCUCAGCGGGGAGGGCGAGCCAGAGGACGGCAGCGGCUCCGGCUCGGACGGCCGCGCCAGCGACGGGGACGAGCAGCCCGAGAUAGCCGACGAGAGACGCUCGGCCAAGCGCCAGUUCCGACGUUUCCUGUUCCGGCUGGCGGCGGCGGCGGCGCAGCAGGCGGCCGCUGCCGGCGUGGCGCCGCCGCCGCCGGUCUGGCUGCGUGGUCGGCCGGCGCGGCGGCUGGCGGCGCGCCCGCCGGCCGACCCGGCGGCGCUCACGGAGGCCGUGCUGCGGCGCACCGCCGUGCUGCUCGGCUACCGGCCGGCCGCCGCCCGGGAGAACCUGAUGGUGCGCUGGGCGCGCAAGCGGCGCGACCGCGUCGACGAGGUGCUGGUGCGCGAGCUGCAGGAGGAGGAGGCCGACUGGAUCAACUACGACGCCGACGCGGCCACCGUGAAGGAGCAGCUGAGCAGCCAGCUGGCCGGCGACCUGCUCACAGACGCCACGCGGCAGCUGAUGGCCGUCUGGCGGCGGCGCUACGUCAGACAAACAGAAAUCUGAGCGCUGAUCUGUGAACGCCGGUAAGUCAGCUGACCAGUGGGCGCCUAGCCCUUGGCGCGGACCAGCUGCAAGAUAUGGGCUCUGGGCGCGUAGCUAAUAUAGGAGCUGGCCUCUGAGCGCCGAGCUCUAAGAGUCGGCCUCUGAACGGUACGUCAGUGGGUGGGACGGUGGUGCCUUCUGAUCUCAGGAUCUGCCGGUGAGUGGUGCGGCGCCGCGGGGCCACCGCUGGUGGCAGAGCGCGUCUGUGCUGCUGUGAUUCACUCCGCCCGGUGAGGGCUGUCCGUGGGACCAGCCUGUGUGCUGAGUGGUGGUUGUGUGCCGCACAGUUCACUUACCUGUGCUGUGUUUUCCGUCCCACUGUGCCAGCUGUGCGGCCUAGGGUUGUCGGCGUAGGAUAGAGAAUUGAACUGUGAAUGUGGCGAGUCGGAAUAUUGUCCGUCCACCAGCAGACUCACCGUGUAUUGCCUCUAAGCAUGUUAAAUAUUAUUGGGCCAGUGGGAAAUAGAGAGCCUGUGGACCGUCAGAACUCAUCGAAUUGCCCAUCCGUGCUGUGUAGCUUGCCUUCCAUCGUGUUCCAAUAUUUGUUGUCAAAUGCAAAGGUUGUUGAAGA